AUGUAUAUUUUUAUCUUACAUUUCUUUUUACUUCUUAUUUAUUUAUUUACCUUUUCCUCUUUCUUCUUACGUUUUUCUUUUAUUACUUUUCUUCUUCAGCGUGCUCGUUCUAGCCCGUUUCAAUUUUCUUUGUUUUCCUCUUUCAUUCAAUCUUCUUUUAUUCUCUUUUUUCUCCUCUUCUUUUCUUAUUUUCUUACCGUUAUUUUCUUAUUACUCAUUCUUAAACUCCCUUUUCUUAUAUUCCCUAUCAUUCUUUCUUUAACUCUUUAUUUCUAUUUAAUUUUUUUCUUUUUCUCAUUAUUUCGUCUUUCUAUCUUCAUCCGUUUUUCCAUUAUUUUUUCUUUCUUCCAUUUUAAAUUUCUUUCGUUCCAGUUUUAUAUUAUUUUCAUUUAUUUUUAUAAUCCGGCCAUAUUACUUUUUAUUAUUUUUCAUUUAUUGUUCUGUUGUUUCUACAUUGUUUCUUUAUUCUUUCUCUUUCCCUCCCCCUCUCUUUAUAUCUCUCUUUCACUCUCCCUCUCUUUCUUUCACUCCCUCUCUCUCUCACUCCCUCUCUCUCUAUCUCUCUAUCUCUCUCUCUUUCUUUUUUAUUUUAUAUUUAAAUUCCUUACUUCUUCGUUUUCAUAUUUAUUUCCUUUUAGAUUUAAUCGAUUCUUUUUCUUCAUUAAAAUCUUCUUUCAAUUCUUUGUGUCUCAUUUUUCCUUGUUUUCUUUUUUUGUUGUUCCUUUUCUUUCUCCCUCUUCCAUUUUCCUUCCUCCAUUUUUCCUUCCUCCAUUUCUUUCUCAUUUUUCGAAUAUAUUUUCUUCCUGUUACAUUCCUUUUUUCUUUUUACUUUCGAUUCGCGCUUUUCAGACUCAUACUUUUCCUGUUCUUCAUUCGCAUAACUUUCAUUGA